AUGUAUGUAUGUACACAUACAUACAUACAUACACACACACACACACACAUAAUAAUCGAUAAUCAGACUCAUUGAUUAGAUUCUAUUAAUAAUCGAUAAUCAGACUCAUUGAUUAGAUUCUAUUAAUCAAUAAACACUCAUUGAUUCGAUUCUCUUAAUAAUCGAUAAUCAGACUCAUUGAUUAGAUUCUCUUACGGUUCUCGGUCUCGUUGCUCAAUGAUUUCCAUGGAACAUUCAGCGGUACGACGCGCAGCUUGUCCUCGUCCUUCUGCAGCUUUCCACCGCCCUCUCUCCUACCCUUCUUGCGGUAAAUCUUGGACUGUGUUCCGGGUUCGAGGACGCACACGUCCCGGUCCUGGACCAGACAGUUGACCCGCAGGCACUGCGGCAGUCCGUCCGCUGGGAACCGGACCAGGGCCAGGUCACAGUCCGGGUCGAUGCAGCACUCCGCCUGGCACUGCUCCAGGUCGGGAACCUCCGAGAUCUUGUCCCGGCUCACCAUGGAGGCGUUCAGGUGGACCAGACUCUGGUCCGGAUCAAUGGACGGGUCCCAGUCACAGUCCAGAGCCAGACCGGUACAGACCAGGACGCAGACCAAGAGACUCGAGCGGUCCAUCUUUUGUUUGAAACUCUUUUAAAACUCGACAAAGAAAAGGUGUCUCGGCCCCGCGCGCACUUCCUCAUUUGGUGGCUUUUUGUUGUCGCAGAUACAAUUACCUGAGCGACAGGUGAGGUCACUGUAGCCACGCCCAGCGAACUGCGUCACCAACACGUCUGAGCGACAGCCCCUGAAGGCAUCACCAGUCGCGUGGUGCCGCCCUGCUCUGUUUCUAUCCGUCUGCACGCGCAGCUUCGACAGUCCACCGGCUCACGCGAAUUUUUCUAUUAUUUUCUAUUUUCAAAGCUUCAUCAGAAUUCAUUCAUUCAUUUAUUCCCAUUUUCUAAAAUCACAAAAGAGAGUAAGGUUUCUACAACGAGACGAAACGAGAGAAUUUGGGAUUUUAUUUCUAUUUGUUUUAUUAUUAUUAGUAGUAGUAUUAGUAGUAGCAGUAGUAGUAGUACCCACUCGUAGUAUUUCUUACUGCAAUUCUUUAUACUUUUUAUUUUUGUCUAUCGUUUUUUAAAAUAUUUUAUAAUCUGAAUAUUUGAUCCGGUUUUGGGGAUUUGUUUGGGAGGCGGACCGUCUGGGUUCAGGUGUGACCGGUCCUGAUGGCAGCUCACCGGGUGGGUCGGCGGAUGAAUAAGGUGAAUAAUAGUCCGUCAUCGAGCCGGGCCGGUGGUCAGAACCGUCAGACCAGGAUCACCGUGAAGUACAACCGGAAAGAGCUGCAGAGGAGGCUGGACGUGGAGAAGUGGAUCGACUGUGAACUGGAUGAGCUGUACAGGGGCCGUGAGCAGGAGAUGCCGGAGGACGUGAACAUUGACGAACUGCUGGACUUAAGGACGGAUGAGGAGAGAACUCAGAGGCUUCAGGACCUCUGUCACUCCUGUAACAACAAUACAGAGUUCUUCAUCCGUGAGCUGCUGUUAAAACUUCAUGGUUUACAGAAACAAGAGGAUCUUUACAACGACGGCAUCGACCUCCCUCAGCUUCAUAUCUACCCCACCCGCCCCGGACCAGCUGACAGAGAGGUGUUGCACUGACAAACCAGCUGCACCCUCUGCACUCUGCUACCCACCACCGACAACCUGGAGGCACCGGACAGCGAAACAAACUCACCUAAACUGUCCCGAGUUCCUCCGACAUGAAGAGACUGAAGUUAGUCUGUUCUGUUGGUGACAAACAUAAAUGUUUUUGUGAGACUCAGUUUUUACACCAGACUCCAUUAAAGGUACAGAGUAUUUGUACUCCAUCAGUGUUGUCCAGUGGUGUAUAAAGUACCCAAAAGCCAUACUUGAGUAAAAGUAAAGAUACCU